GAUGUUGAAACAUGUCUUUUCAAGUUCGUGUUGUUUUAUUAAUAUUUUUAAUAGUCUACAGUUUAUUGUCUUGUGCAACUCUAAUUUUAAACUAUAUAUGUCUUUGGUUUAUAUAUAGUAAAUGACUUUAAAUAAUUAUUAUCUUGGCUAAAUUUAAUAAAACAUCUACUAAUAGUAAGGUUUCAAAAGAAGACUGUUGUACUGAUAAAAAAAUGCCACAUUGUCUUUCUUGGUUGUGCUUAAUAUUGUUAUUUGUUUCGAACAAGUUAAUAAAUAUUUGCGCACUGCCUACUUUAGAAGAAGAAGAAAUCUUACCUAGUAGGGUGCUGCUUAGAAGAGAGCUUGAUGAAAUGACCCAAAAAUUCUUGAUUGAUAGAGACUCAAAUACUCAUCCAUAUCAUUCCUAUAUUUUCAAUUCGGGCAUUGGUAACAGAGAAGAGCUACAAGUAGAAAUGCUGAAAAAGAAUCCACACUUUGCUGCUGGAGAAGGAGUGCUAUCCUGGCAGUCAGUACAGUUUGCAGGAUCUCUUUACCUUCUCGGACGUAAACUCACCUCUGUCUGUCUAGUGGUCUCCUCGACGCAAAUCUUAUCCAACAGAUCAGCACAGUUCACAGAACACAUAAUAGAUCUGGGAGCUAAUGUGUCCAGUACUGCUAUGUUCAUCAGGUCUGAUCAUAGCACUUCUCAUCCUGAUGUCAUUGCUGUUAUUGCCGUAGACAAUCCCUCUGCGGAUUUGUUGUGGUUCCGAGUCGAAGGCAAUAAAAUGGAAUUGAUCAAACGUAGAAAUCAUUAUACAAGGACGACAGCCAUGGCAGCUCUGAGUGUUGGUGGGAGGAAUCAGCUGGUAUUAGUUGAUACUAGAUCGCCUGCAAAUGUGGAUGUUUUUGAAAUAGUGUUUGAAUCCAGCGGUAGCAGUUUGGGCCUCAGUCUUUUGCAGAACUUCUCGCUGAUGUGUGCAUGUUUAUCGGUGACUGUGUUCACUGUUGGUCAGCAGCUGUUUCUGGCAUUUCCUUUACCUUGUAACGAAAGCUUGGCUAUCCAUUGGCUAGUCACUGUUGCCAAUUCCCCUCUCUUCGAACAUCACAGAACCCUCACUCUCCCACGAGUUUCACAGGUAUCAACAUUCAAACUGGCUCAACAGGUGUACCUAGCUGUUAAUGGAGACAAAUCAUAUGUUUUGAGAGUCACUGAGUCUGGUGACUUCAUCGCAGAGUUGUCUCUUGAUUAUGCAAAUGAGUGGUUGGCAAUCCCCGUCAACUCCUACAGGGAUGAUGUCGCUCUGUUCAGCAGAUCUGCCAACCGCACAGAACUGUUUGUCUGGGCUGGAACUAUGAAAGGAUUCAAGUCAUUACCAGUGCCUAAAUGUGACUCAUGCCUAGACGGGAAUUGGCUGGGUGCAACAUCUGUACCACUCCACCACCAACACAGUGUUCUGCUUCCACAAGCUAAGAGCACAUCUUCGCUCAUCACUGUGGUCACUUCACUGGUCGAGAAAGCCAACCCGGUCUUGAUCCAAUUGAUCAAUUCCACCAAACACUAUGAGGGUACCUGGAAAAAAUUACAAUCUCAGAUAUCAGAAGCUGAACAAAUAUUGAAGUACACAGUGAAUGUUACUGGCAGAAACAACAUUACUGCCAAGUGGAAGAUCAGAAACCUGGAGACUCCUGAGUUACACCUAAACAGUUUAGUCGUACCUAAGUCGGAGCGGGAGAUGUCCGGUGAGACAGAGCCUGACAUUAUGGACCUGUCCUCAGUCGAAAGCCUGGUGAAUGACACUAUGAGGAGAGGCAAAGAGCUUAUCAAGGCUGUGGACGAGCGAGAUAGACAGAUAUGGGGCCUGGAAGGUUUCAGGGGGAAAGUUAUUGUAAAAGGUCGAUUAGUUAUUGAAAAUCUGACUGUUGGCUAUCUCAAUGGGCAUUCAAUGGACGACCUCCUUAGUGAUACAUUCAGAAAAAGCAAGCCUCAAAAAAUUCUCAGCAACACUGUUAUUGACGAAUCAGUCCAAACUGAAAAUAUUAUCGUUAAGAAGAUAAAUAACAAUGCAGUUGAAGAGAGUUUGAAAUUUAAUAACAAACCUGUGGUAAUGAAAGGAAAUGUUACUUUUUUGAGUCCAGUUGUUGUCGAUGGAGAUGUAAAAAGUGCUAGUGGUAAAAUCAAUGGCAUGUAUCUUUCAGCAUUGUGUGAAGGCAAAGAAAAUUGUGCGGUUUAUCCACUGCAGUAUCAAGAACAAUACAAUGAUCUUAACAACACAGUCGAGGAAGAUAGUUCAGUUACCGAAGACUACCUUUGGGAGAAAGUGUUAGGAGGCAAGAAUCUGACAGUCAUAAAAGUAAAUGGAAUUACUUGGGAAUAUCUAAUCAAAAAUGUGGUCUACAAAAAUAGAUAUCAAAAUGUACCUGGCACAAUAAUUGUUAAGGGGAUCUUGUCAUCUGAAGAGCCAGUGAUCACUCAUAAAAUUGAAUAUAAGCCACAUAAAAAUGAAUCACAGAACAUGAUGCUGCAAAUGCUUCCAGAUAGGAAGAUUCCUUCAGGUGGCAGCAUGCUGUUAGAAGAAAUCUUUCCUAUUGAUCCUGAUAGGGAUGUGAUAUUCUCGAAUCUUGAAGUAUUGGGUACAGUGAGUUGUGCUGAGAGUGAGUGGGGAGAGGCUGCAGCUGAUGUUGUACUCAGUACUGCCAACCCGAUAAAAAUUCAAGCUCACAAAGUUUUCAUGUCUGGUAUCAGUGUAGCUAACAAUUUGGAUGUGAAGGGUUCUGUGGCUGGAGUGACCAUGAAAGACUUUAUUACCUCAGAUACACACCAAGUAUUUGACGGUACGACUACUUUACAAGGGAAUAUAAUCUUAGGAAACGUAACUCUCGGUGGUUUAUGGAAUGGAGUAAACAUUUCGAGCUCCAGUGACAGCAAAUUGUCAUCUUUUCUCAUCAGAGAUUUGCGUCACUUGUCUCAGACUGAGCUAGUUGUGGACAAGUUGAGAGUGACUGAAACUUUUAAUGGAGCACCUGUUUCUGAGUUAGUGUAUACAAACAAUGAUGUUAUAUCAGUGAGACAACUCGCUGCAGCAACUGCAGAUGUAACAGAGGACAUCAGUGUGGUUGGAAAGAUUUGUGGUUACAGUCUGAAUGAAUUUGAUAAAACCAGGCUCAGUAUAAAACAAGAACAAAACAUUACUGGAGAGUUUUUUAUUGAUAAAGUACAUUUAAAAAGCAACUUGAAUGUAUCACUGUUAAAUAACAGAGAAGUGUCUUAUUUGAUAGAUGAUCUCUUUGGAAAUUUAAAUAACAUUGAAGAACUUAACUUGCAUGCACUGCAUGUAGAUGGUGAUAUUACUACAGAUUUUGGCAUGAAUGGUCAAAACCUAUCAGACAUUGCUGCAAAUGCUGUCUGGUUAUUCUCAAACAAUCAGAUCGAAGGGCCUUUAAUUUUCAAGGAUGAACUGACAGUAAACCUGUUGGAAUGUCAAGGAUUUCUCAACAACAAGCCUUGUCAGACUAGACUUGAUGAUACUGAUGUGGUGUAUAAAAAUAAUGGAACUGUUCAUCUGUCAGGAAAAAUUAAAUUUAAAAACAUCCUGAAUGUAUCAGAAGAUUUAUUAUUAGAAGAGAUCAAUGGGAAUAAAGUUGAUGAUAUAUUCACAAAAACAACUGAACAAGAGAUAUCAGGUGAUAUGUUUAUAAAUGGUGAGAUGGUGGUAGCUGGAAAGUUUGCUGUUGAGGGAUUGCUCAAUAACAGAAACAUAUCCGAAUUUGGCACCAAGUGCGUUCUAGCAAACUCUACUGUCACAUGUGCUGGUGAUGUCCACUUUGAAGACAGAGUGAAUGUAACACACUUUAUCUCUGAGGGAUUGAUAAAUGAAAUAGACUUUGAACUCUUCACUGAAUCGCUGUUCGGAGUGUAUAAUGAUAUAGGCUAUAUUUCAGGAUUUAAGAAUUUUACUGGGAAGACAACAGUAAUAAAUGAAUUAAUAGUUAGGAAAAUAAAUAACCACAGCUGGGAUGAUUUUGUACUGAACACAGUUAAUAAAAAUGCUAUUGAAGAUGUGGAUUCACCGAUUACUUUUGAAGAGAAAGUGGUUGCACAGCAAAUAUCUGUUGAUUAUGAUAUCGAUGCUGAUUCCAUAAAUGGUUUAAAUCUAAAUGAGUGGCAAUCCAAUGCUAUCUACAUCAAGAGCAACUUUACAGUGUCAAAACCUCUCCAUCUAGAAAGUGCGAGCAGCCUGGGUAAUAUAACAGUGGAUAAGUACGGAAACUUGAACCUGGAGUUGGAGUCUAUCAAGUUAGACACUGACACUGUAAUGAACAACUUGAGGUUUGAGUCAGUGACAGUCACUGAGGAGGCAAACAUUGACAGCACUGUUAAUGGUCACCAACUUAGGACCUUACAGAAAAACACAUUUAAGGUGUCAGGUGAUCAGAUGGUGACCGCAGAUCUGGUGAUUCUAGAAGACUUCUCUGUGUCUGGCAGUGUGGACACGUUAGGACAUGUCAACCACAUCGACCUGCGAGAUGUUGUCACUCUGAACACCGACCAGACACUCCAUGGAAGCUACAAGUUUGAGUGUGUGGAAGCAAUGCAGAAUCUGUCAGCCACAGGGAAGGUGUCAGGGCUGAACAUGUCUGAGUGGAAGGAGAUGGCGGUAGUUCAGGACAAGCAACAGGAAAUGACAGGAGUGUGGAGAAUAAAGAGACACCUGGAUCUGAAGGGUUCUGUAACAGGUCCAGGCAGGCUUGGAGAUGUUGACCUCCAGGAACUGACAGAUAACAUCACAAGGAACAUUAUAGAACGUGCAUGAAGAGAUGAAGGGAAACUUAAGCACAGUUUGUGAGGAUACUAACCGACACCUCAAUAAAGCGAGGAACCAGACCAGUGAGCUACUGUAUGUUGAUAUAACACAAGAAAUUACAAUGCGUAAUGUAGUGUCUCUUGUGAAAUAUUUCAAG